UCAUUCUUAAGCCGGAGAGAGAAAAUACUGAAGUACUGAUACGGCGAGCUUCUGCGCAAGGUUUCCGAUUCCGAGCGUCAUUGGAAUUUCGAACGAUCUCUCAUCGUUUAGGGAAUCAUUUCGAUAUUUGCAGCUUCGAACAGCAAAAACAUCUUGGGUGAGAUCCCACACCAUCUGUGACCUCAUAUCUGGUAUCCAAAGCAAAGAUGAAAUCUGAGGAAGAAUCAACUAAGGAUAUAUGUAACGAACCGGAGGAGGAACUAUCUGAGGAGCCUUCAGAAGAAUCUGUCUCUCAGCAGUCUUCUGAGAGUGACAAUGAAGAAACUGAACAACCAAGUGAGGAACUCAAAGAGGAACUAACUUGGGACACAUCAGGAAAACAUGUUUCUCAAUUAUCCUCAGACAUUGAAAGUGAUUUGACUGAACAGCCAAGUAAAGAACCAUAUGAGGGCCCAUUAGAGGAAUCUUUGUCUCAAUCACUUUCAGAGAGUGACUCUGAUGCCAAUAAAUGCCACACAGAAUCUGUGUCAAUCAAUUCGAAGGAAAAGAAGAGGUCAUUGGAUGUCACAGUUGGUGAUUCAGGUUCAUUGCAAGUUCAUCCUUCACGAAAGAAGUGCAAGCAAGAGGAGUACAUAGAACCAGAACCAGAUAUUGGUUAUACUCUAAUAGAUCUCCACAACGAAUCUGGAAGUUCCACAUUAUUUGUUAAUGCUGAAAAUACUUCUGAGCAGCAGGACCGCACCGGAAGUGCAGGAAAGCUAAGGCGUAGUAGGGAUGAACAACCUGAAGUUGGUGGGGAAGAAGGUGAAGGUGAUAGAAUGAGUAAAAGAAGGAAAACCAGGUGGGCCGUGGAAGAUUCUCAGUUAAAAAUGAUGGGCCCAAUUCAACUGCCUGAUUUCAUAAAAGACAGUGUUACUGGAGCUGAUUCUGAUCCUGAAAUUCAAGAGUUGAAAAUGAAGCUUCUUGAGACAAACAGGAAGCUGCAAGAAUCAGAGAUUCACUAUGACAGGCCAAAAGAAGAAAGAUCCCCUUCUCCUCCUUCAGUGUAUGAUAAACUUGGAAUUAGAAUGAACUCAAGGGAUAUCAGUUACAGGGAGAAACUUAUUCAAGAUCGGCAAGCUAUCAUUUUAAAGUUGAUUCAGAAGAACCCCAUGUUCAAACCUCCCUCUGAUUUCAAGCCGUCAAAGCUCUACAAGAAAAUUUACAUACCUUUAAGGGAAUACCCUGGGCAUAAUUUCGUUGGUCUCAUAAUUGGUCCCCGUGGGAACACACAGAAGAGAAUGGAGAAGGAAACUGGGGCUAGGAUUGUAAUAAGAGGUAAAGGCUCUAUUCUAAAAAAGAGGGCACAUCAGAAGCCUGAUCCCUCAGAUAAUGAUGAUUUGCAUGUGUUGGUAGAGGCAGACAAUCAGAUAUCACUGGAUGCAGCUGUGAAAAUGGUUGAAAAGCUACUUAAUCCAGUGGGUGAAAGAAUUAACAAGCACAAACUUGCCCAGUUAAAGGAGCUAGCUGUGCUUAAGGGCAUGCUCAGAGAUGAGAGCUUGUGCAGAAAAUGUGGUGAGCGGGGACGCAAGCAAUAUGCUUUCCCUAGUCAGAAGUCAACUUUUGAAAUUGAUUUAUGUGAUAUAUGUCGGGGCAGCAGCCAUCCAGCUACAAACUGUGCAUUGGCAGCAUCCACUCCAGUUAGCAACAUUGACCAUCAACAUCAUAGUUUUGCUGACUUUGGAAGUGGAGGUCUAACUUUUGGUGCCUCAACAGUUUCAGGAAUCAUUGAACUGGGACGUAGCGACUACAGGUUGUUUCCUUCACCAUCCUAUGGUCAUUUUUCUCACCCUGGUGUCAGCCCAACUCCAAAUCCAGGAAGCUGUAAGCAGGGGCACAAGCAAUACGCUUUCCCUAGUUGGCAAUCAACUUUUGAAAUUGAUUUAUGUGAUAUAUGUCGAGGCAGCAGCCAUCCAGCUACCAACUGUCCAUUGGCAGCGUCCACUCCAGUUAGCAACAUUGACCAUCAACGUCAUAGUUUUGCUGAUAUUGGAAGUGGAGGUCUCACUUUUGGUAUCUCAACAGUUUCAGGAAUCAUUGAACUGGGACAUAGCAACUGCAGGUUGUCUACUUCACCAUCCUAUGGUCAUUUUUCUCACCCUGGUGUCAGCCCAACUCCAAAUACAGGAAGCAGAUGCGGUAAAGAAGUUGAUGACAGAAAUAUAUAUGUGGGCUAUCUUCCUCAGACUGUGGAUGACAAUCAAUUACGAAAUCUGUUCUCUCCUUUCGGCAUGAUAACUGCUGCAAAAGUAAUCAAGGACACAAGCACUGGAUUGAGUAAAGGCUUUGGCAUUGUUAGGUAUGAUGAUCCCACAAAUGCAGUAGCUGCUGCGGCACACAUGCAGGGUCAAACAAUUGACGGAAAAACCUUGGUAGUAAGAGUAGUAAGGCGCUUUCCAAAUGUAGGAUCCUCAGGAAGUGCCUUCUUCCAAAGUGCACAGGAUCUCCACCAGUGUUUCUAGACGGUGAUGGUUCAACAGCUUGGCCAGGCCCACCGGACUUGAGGACUCCUUUCCUAAGAGUGAUGGUGUAGGUUUGAGUUCCUUAACCAAUUUCUUUGUGCCCACAGGUUCCUUCAGCAAUCAGUUGCCUUCAUUUUAUGGGGGUUAUCAAACCAAAAUUCUUUCUCAUCAUCUGUAAAUUG